AUUGGCGGGGACUCAUAUUUCUUUGAAGACUCAGAAAACAGACAACUGCACCAAAAGAAUUUUAUAAAUAUACAACAGUCGUAAUAAAACUCGGAAAAUUGCCAAAACCCGUAUAUACUAGCGUUGGCUUUACAAAGAUCAACUCUUCAUGGAUGCUAAAACAAUUCGUCUCUAUUUUGCUUUACUUGUACUCCACAGAUUAACACUUUCUACUUCCACAGACACCAUCACCAUUAACCAAACCUUAAGAGAAGGAGACCUUCUCGUUUCCAAACAAAACAAGUUUGCACUAGGAUUUUUUAGCCCUGGCAAUUCCAGCUAUAGAUAUCUUGGAAUUUGGUUUUAUAAGAUAUCAUUACAAACUGAUACUGUUGUGUGGGUGGCCAACAGGGACAAAGCAAUCAAUGGUUCUGCAGGUUUUCUCUCCAUCAACCAAUAUGGCAACCUUGUUCUCUAUGGUAAUAGAGAUGAAAAGUUACCAAUAUGGUCUACAAAUGUUUCAGUGGAUUUAGCAAAUACUUGUGUAGCUCAGCUCUUUGAUUCAGGAAACUUUGUUCUCAUCCAAGGUUCAAGAAAAAUAAUUGUAUGGCAGAGCUUCGAUCAUCCUACUAAUACCUUGCUACCAGGAAUGCGGCUUGGGCUCGACAAGAGAACAGGUCUCAACCGGUUCCUGACUUCCUGGAAAUCAACAGAUGAUCCUGGAAUCGGUGACUACUCUCUGAAGCUCAACCCAGUUGGCUCACCAGUAUUUUUUCUGUACGAUGGUUCCAAACCUUACUGGAGAGGCACGCCAUGGCCGUGCAGAAGACCACCAGAUAUAUACAACUACAGCUACGUUAAUAGUGAAGAGGAAAUAUCCUAUUCCUACUCUCAUGACGACAGCUCUGUUCUCUUCCAAUUGAUGGUGCAUGAAUCAGGAACGCUUAUGUGGGUUUCAAGGCGUGAAAGUGAUGCUAAUUGGAAGGAGUUCUGGUCAGCCUCCAAGUAUCGUUGUGACUCUUAUGGACGCUGCGGCGCUAACAGUGUAUGCGAUCCUAAACAUGUCAACGUAUUUGAAUGUUCUUGUUUACCUGGAUAUGAACCCAAGUUCCCAAGAAACUGGUUUCCUAUGAGAGAUGGAUCGGGUGGCUGUGUUAGAAAGCGAUUGAAAUCUUCAUCAGUGUGUGGGCAAGGGGAAGGGUUUGUGAAAGUGCCUCAAGUUAAGGUUCCUGAUACUUCAACAGCAGUUUGGGUGCAUAUGAGUAUGUCCCGUGUGGACUGUGAACAAGAAUGCUACGAAGAUUGUUCAUGCUCUGCCUAUGCCAGCAUAAAAAUUCCAGGGAAAGAUGUUGCCUGCUUGGCUUGGUAUGGGGAUUUGAUGGACAUAGUGGAUCUUAUGGAUCAUAGCGGCUACGAUGUUUAUGUUCGAGUUGAUGCAAUUGAAUUAGCUGAGAUUGAGAGAUCAAAUGGUUUUCUUGAAAUGAAGGGGAUGCUGGCUUUUCUGGUAGUUUCAGUUUCGUCAGCAUGGUUUGUCAUCAUCUUAUUUGUCUACUUGUGGCUGAGGAAGAGAAAGAAAAGAGGCAAGUAAUUAAUGAAAUUAAAGAACAGAUCCAACAGGAGAUUGUUUGAUUCUAUAAAUGGUCCACACUAUCACAAAGAUAAUUUUGAAGCGGAUGCCAUCCAGACAAGCAGGAGUCAUACAGACUUGGCAUUUUUCAACCUUAGCACCAUAUCUGCUGCCACUGAUAAUUUUUCUCAAGCUAACAAGAUUGGACAAGGUGGCUUUGGUUCUGUUUAUAAGGGUCAGCUAACUAAUGGAAAGGAGGUUGCUGUAAAAAGGCUAUCAAAAAAUUCGGGGCAAGGAGCAGAAGAAUUUAAAAAUGAAGCUAUGUUGAUAGCCAAGCUUCAACAUAGGAAUCUUGUGAAACUUUUAGGAUGUUGCAUUCAGGAAGAUGAGCGAAUUUUGAUUUAUGAAUACUUGUCAAAUGGAAGUUUGGACUUGUUUCUCUUUGAUAUAACAAGAAGUUCAUUCUUGAAUUGGAGUAAACGUUACGAAAUCAUAGUUGGAAUCGCACGUGGAAUCUUAUAUCUUCACCGGGACUCAAGGUGGCGAAUCAUCCAUAGAGACUUAAAAAGCAGCAACAUCCUCUUAGAUGCAGAGAUGAAACCAAAAAUUUCAGAUUUUGGAACGGCUAGAAUACUCGAAGAUGACCAGAUAGAACACAAGACACAUAGAGUUGUUGGGACAUAUGGCUACAUGUCGCCAGAGUAUGCCGUGUUAGGAAAAUUUUCAGUAAAGUCCGAUGUAUUCAGCUUUGGUGUAAUAUUGUUGGAGAUUAUAAGUGGGAAGAAAAGCAAUGGCUUCCAUCAAGAGGAUCCUUCCCUAACCUUGAUAGGACAUGUGUGGGAGCUAUGGCAAGAAGACAGAGCACUGGACAUAGUUGAUUCGACAUUAAAGGAAUCAUACAAUUCCCAUGAAGUGUUGAAAUGUAUUCACAUUGCACUGUUAUGUGUGCAAGAAGAUGCAAUGGACAGGCCAACAACAUCAGCAAUCAUUGUCAUGUUAGAUAGUGAAAUCUCUCUUCCUUGUCCAAAACAACCAGCUUUCAUUUUCAGAACUUCUUGCAACAGUUCACCAAUAUGGGAAGGACCAAGUUCUGUGAAUGAAAUGUCAAUCACUGAAACUGUAGCUCGCUAAUUGAAGCAUACUUCCUCUCAUAGACUAAGCUAACUAGAAUUAAGGGACUAAAUCAUUCGAUUUUUUAAAUUAAGGGACCAUUUUGCUAUUGGUAGUAGACAAAAACCCAUCAAUAAUAUACAAAUUUCACAGGUACAGACAUUUGCUCACUGAUACAUUCAUC